AUGGUGACCGCCGGAGUCACGCAGCUCCACCCCUUCCUCGCUACGUGGCCCCACCCCUCCGAACCCGGAAGCUGGCGGCUCGCGCCAGCUGCACGAACAAUUCCGGAGGAGGGAGGGCGGCGGUCGGGUCUCGCUCGGCCGCGCGCCCCGCCCCUCGGAGGCCGGCCCUCCAGCGCGCCCCCACGGCUCGCAGCGCUUACGGAUACUGAGCGCUCAGGCCUCCAGCCCCGACCCGGGCCCCAGCAGCCUCCGAGGCCGGCCCCCUUUCUGAAGGGAAGAGCUGCCUUGGGAGGAGGGACAGGGACCUGGGGGCGGCCACGGCAGAUUAUUGUGGAUGAUGAUGAUAGUAAGAUCUGGUCGCUCUACGAUGCAGGCCCCAGAAAUAUCAGGUGUCCGCUCAUAUUUCUCCCUCCCGUCAGCGGAACUGCGGAUGUAUUUUUCCGGCAGAUUUUGGCUUUGACUGGAUGGGGUUACCGGGUUAUAGCUUUGCAGUAUCCAGUUUAUUGGGACCAUCUUGAAUUCUGUGAUGGAUUCAGAAAACUUUUAGACCAUUUACAAUUGGAUAAAGUUCAUCUCUUUGGGGCUUCUUUGGGAGGCUUUUUGGCCCAGAAGUUUGCGGAAUACACUCACAAAUCUCCCAGAGUCCAUUCCCUCAUCCUCUGCAAUUCCUUCAGUGACACCUCUAUCUUCAACCAAACAUGGACUGCAAACAGCUUUUGGUUGAUGCCAUCAUUUAUGCUUAAAAAAAUAGUUCUUGGGAACUUUUCCUCUGGCCCAGUGGACCCUAUGAUGGCUGAUGCCAUCGAUUUCAUGGUAGACAGGCUGGAAAGUUUGGGUCAGAGUGAACUGGCUUCAAGACUUACCCUGAAUUGUCAAAAUUCUUAUGUGGAACCUCACAAAAUUCGGGACAUCCCUGUAACCAUUAUGGAUGUGUUUGACCAGAGUGCACUUUCAACUGAAGCUAAAGAAGAAAUGUACAAACUGUAUCCUAAUGCCCGGAGGGCUCACCUUAAAACAGGAGGCAAUUUCCCAUACCUGUGCAGAAGUGCAGAGGUGAACCUCUAUGUACAGAUACAUUUGCUUCAAUUCCACGGAACCAAAUACGCAGCUAUUGACCCGUCGAUGGUCAGUGCCGAGGAACUCGAGGUGCAGAAAGGCAGCCUUGGCAUCAGUCAGGAGGAGCAGUAGCUGUUAGUGACGAACGGUCCAGCGUGUUUGUACAAUCAGCGACGUCAGUGCCCGCCAGUCGGCCUCUCUUCGGUUGGUCAGGUUCACCGGUUAUCACUGUGUUUGGAACUAGGACUGAUGGUCAUCUUCGUGACAGGCGGCAGCUCUUCUAAGCCAGUGUAACUAUUUCCUCUUAAGUUUUUUUAGCUUUUGAACUUAAGUACUUUUGGAGACUCCCAUUUUAAGAACUGUGAAAAUUUUGCUACCAAAAGUAUUUACCCACUAUGUUCUUAAUUGUUAAUUUCUUGGUUUGGAGGUUUUGUAGAUUUUUUUCCUUUUCUUUCUGUCUUCCUUUCUUCCUAUUAUUUGCUGUAAAUCCUGCACAGCCACGUUCUGUAUCAGCACAUUUGUUUUUUUAUGCUUUCUUGGUUAUAACAGUUAUUAGAGUGCCAAGGCCGUCACCCACUGUUUGCUCUCCUGGCAGUCAACUACUUCUAAUUUCCAGUUAAGCCAGUUGUUUUUAGUUUUGGCUGUUGUCUUUCUACCCAUUAUAGUCUUUGGAAUAAAAUUUCAAUUUCAGUGAGUUGAA